AUGCCUUCCCCCCAUGUCCUGAUCGUUGGAGCCGGUCUUGCUGGACCCGCCCUAGCACUCGCCUUGGCCAAGCAAUCGAUCAAGAGUACGAUCAUCGAAAGACGCCCUGACAUGCAAGAUAUUGGCGGAGUCAUCAUGCUGGCCCCUAACGCGAUGCGUGUCAUGGACAAGAUCCUCGAUAUCGGUCAUAGCCUUCGGGCCAAGGGUUACUCGUUUGAAGCGAUCAACAUUCACCUGCAGGAGGCGGACAAUAAGCUGGACCAUGUUGGGGGCUUUAGAGUCAGCGAUGGGGCGACCAAUGGGCUGUCUAUCAGUCGACCCGUCCUGCACGAGGCGCUACUUGCGGCUUGUCAAGAGGAAGGAAUGAAGGAGCUAAUCGAGCUAAGAUACGGAGCCAAGAUGGAGCAUAUUGAAGAGACGGAUUCUGGUGUUGAGGCUGUACUGGAAGGAGGGGAACGAAUCACAGGCGACAUCAUGAUCGGAUGCGACGGGAUCGGAUCACGAGUACGAAAGCAUAUCCUUGGAGACGCCAACCCCGAGCCAGUGUACAGUGGUAUUGCAGUCAUAGGUGCCGUCACGCCCGCAUCCACUGUCACAUUCCCUUCCACCGUUCAGCUCCCAGCGUUCUGCUACACCCAACACGGUACUUUCCUCUCCUUCGCCAUGGAUCAGUCCGGCCAGGAACUACAAUGGGCCACGUCGUUACAGGUGCCCGAGCGAGAUCGCAAGACGGGCUGGGACGAGUAUCGGAUGUCUGGUGAUGCGGUGCGUGAUGUGAAGCGGAUCUACGCGGACACCACUGUCGAACCGAUACGGAGCUUUGUGCAUGGCCUGAACAAUGAGAACGUUAAAUUCUGGGCGCCAUAUCAGAUGCCCGACCUCCCCACGUGGCAUACCAGCAGAGUGUGUAUUCUGGGUGAUGCGGCUCAUGCGAUACCUCCGUCGGCAGGUCAAGGAUCUGCGCAGGCAUUCGAGGAUAUUGGUCUGCUGUCGAGACUACUUCAAGGCGCGCAGCCGGGCAAAGGUAAAGCGGAGUAUAACCAACUGUUUGAGUACUUUGAGCGUACGAGACGACAGAGGGUCGAUGCUGUGCGAAAGAUGACAGCGGGCGCCGAGUCGUCAAGACGGCCAACGGAGAACUCUUGGAUGUGGUGGGUGAAGAAGAUGGGCGUACGUGCGGUGUUCCGGUUUAUGGGAACGAAAGGGUAUAUACAGGGAAGUGCUAUCACUAGGUAUGACGUUACAACGGAGAGUUUAAGCUUCCGAUAG